AUGUCCACCUUGAACGCGGAGUCGGACUUUCAAGAGAAGCCGCCUUCGCAGCCAGCACCCAAGCCUUCGCCGUCACCGUCAUCUCCUCCCGUCGAGGCGUCUCGAUAUCUCAUCAAACGACCCAAAGCGCUACAAUGGUUUCACAACGGCACUCUCGAACGAGAAUCCGAGGAGGAACGGCAGGCCGGCCGCUUCGAAUUAUUUCUUGACUUGCUGUACGUGGCGCUUGUGGCAAACUUCACCGAGGACCUGGUCGAACACGCCUCCGGCGCAGAACUGGUCAAAUACCUUCUGAUUUUCGCACCGGCAUGGCACGUCUGGAGCGAUCUCCGCGAGAUCAUGAACUCGUACUACACCGACGAUCUGGUCCAGCGCGGCGUGAUACUGUGGGUCAUGGCCCUGCUGGUUCUCUACGGUAACAAUGCGACGCUUGUGGCCGAAGACAUUGGCGCCAUGAGGACUGCCGUCGGGGCGUUCAUGACAGCUCGACUCACCGUCGCGUGCGUCUAUCUGAUUUCGUCGUUUGCGAGUUUCCAGCAUCGCGCCCAGGCGAGGGUCAUGGCCGCAUUCAUCCUGCUAGGUCUUUUGAUCUGGAUCCCCUUGUACUUUGAGAGCGUGAGCCUCCGCGCCAAAAUUGCUGUUGCGGUCGUUGCAAUCGUGUAUCAGGAAACCGCGUGGAUUCUCACCUUCGGCACAUGGAUCAAGCGAUACUUGCGCCUGGAAUACAGUACUGCCGUCGACAUCAGCCACGAGAUCGACCGGCUCGCUGCCUUCUACAUCAUCAUUCUAGGGGAGUACUUGUACAAUAUCGUCGUGGGAAACCCUGCCGCGGUUGGACUCAAUCUCGGUCUCCUGAAAGCUGUGUGGACACUGAUCAUUGCAUUCUGCUUGAAUUGGUUGUACCUCAACGGCGACGGUGGCGUGGACAGCGUACACCCAAUCAGGCGCUCCGUUGUCACGGCUUUCAUGUUUUUCGGCCUGCAUAUGCCCCUUGCUGCAUCAUUGCUGGUUGGUGGGCACGUCUGUGCUGUGAGUGCUGGGCAUGAAGAGCUCAGCCGGGGUGAGCGUUGGUUGUUGGGUGGCGGGUUAGGUGUGGGCAUGUUCUGCCUGUGGAUCAUGUCAAUCUUGUUCCGUGGGCAAGAUUCAAACGAAUUGAUUAUGCCGAAAAUGCCCAGAACAGGAAUGAGAUUGGUCGUCGCCAUCAUUCUGGUUCUGUUGCCGCUGGCCCAUGAAGAUCAUUUCAACCCCGUCCAGCUCCUUAGCACAGCUAUGGGUUUGAUCUUGUUUGUAACCAUCUGGGAGACGGUCGGAGGCCUGAUGAAGGGGGCCAGAGUGUAUGAGAAAUGGGAGGCAAGGAAUCCACCACAGCUUUGA